UACAUUCAUUCAUACAUAUAAAUCCUCUGAUGUUACAUCAACCCCAAAUCGCGAAGAUGGGAGACAAAGGAGAAUUGUCUGCAACAAUCAAGUGGCCGAAGAUCAAAGCCAAACCCAAUCUCAGUGUCUCUUAUCUCAAGAAUCUUGAUCUCUUCACGGUGGAGAACUGUCUCACUAGUGAUGAGUCAAAGGGCUUUGUUAAAAUCGCAGAGUCUCUAGGUUUCACUCACCAAGGAAGCCGAGGCCCUGCUUAUGGUGAAGCUUUUAGAGAUAACCAUCGAAUCUCUGUGAACGAUCCUGUUCUUGCUGACACACUAUGGCAAUCCGGGCUUUCUAAUUUGUUUACUGAUAUCAAGAUUAGGAGGAGAGUUGCUGUUGGUUUGAAUCCAAACAUUCGAUUUUACAGGUAUAGUGCUGGUCAGCAUUUUGGUCGUCACAUUGAUGAAAGUGUUGAUCUUGAAGAUGGGAAGCGGACCUAUUACACAUUGUUGAUAUAUCUAAGCGGCAACAAUAACGCAAAAUCCAAAUCCAAGAGCAGUUCUUCAAGCAAGACGAAUGAUUCUCCUUUAGCUGAGCCUUUAGUAGGUGGAGAAACUGUCUUUUAUGGUUCAAGGAACAGUAUCGUAGCUGAGGUAGCUCCAGUGGAAGGUAUGGCUCUGUUUCAUAUUCAUGGAGACAAGUGUAUGUUGCACGAAGGAAGAAAUGUUUCCAAGGGAGUCAAGUAUGUGUUCCGUUCUGAUGUUGUUUUUGCAUAACGAAACAUUAUUCAAAUUCUAUGUGUUUUGUGUUUCACAAAUUUAUUACUUUCAUUCAACAUUUCGAACCAUCAAUUAACUUUAUGUUCACUGAA